CUCACUGGGCGCAGAAAGACCACACUGACCAUCAAGAUUAGCUGAUUAUUGAUACGUUUAGAAGUUUUUUCGUGGGAAGAUGUUUUCGUGGGGAGAGAACAUCCGCGAUGGCUUCGGUUUAGUAAAGUCGAAUGGUUUGGUAAAGGCGAACACGGAUAGUUGCCUAAAUGUCAUACUCACGAAAUCUCCAAUUGCGCAUCUGUCCGCAGGUAAUAAAGUGGUCGCGUUUAUCAGAAGUAAUGGGAAAGUGUCCUUCGCUUGCAGGAUGCACGAGUAUAAAGAUGGGAGAAGGGUCACAUGGAAACUGAAGGGUGUGGAGUGCAGGGAGAAGAUUCUGGCUCUGAGUUGUGGAGAUACCCAUGUUGUUUUACUGUCUGAGGAGGGCAGAGUGUUUUGUCUUACCUCUGCCUCCAAUGAUCCCAGACCAGUGGGUAACUUGAAUCAGGUCAUUCAAGUUGCAUGUGGAGACCAGCAUUCCAUUGCACUAACCCAAGAUGGUAAAGUGUUCACGUGGGGCCAGAACUCCAGAGGACAGCUGGGUUUGGGGAAGGGAGAGCCCAGCACCUCGUCUCCCCAGCCUGUCAAGUCUCUGUCAGGGAUCCCCCUGGCUCAGAUCACCGCUGGGGGAGACCACAGCUUCGCCCUGACACUCUCUGGAGCCGUGUUCGGCUGGGGCAAGAACAGCGCCGGGCAGCUGGGACUGGGGGACACAAUAGACAGACCUGCUCCAGCUCCUGUUGAUUGCCUGAAUCUAAAGAAGACCAUUGCUAUUUCCUGUGGAGUGGAGCAUACUGUUGUUCUGACAAAGGGAGGUUUAGUGUUCACAUUUGGCUCGGGUCGAUAUGGACAGCUUGGACACAACUCUCUCAGAAAUGAACUACGACCUCGACUGGUGGCCGAACUCUGGGGGGCAAAGGUGACCCAGAUAGCCUGUGGAAGAAACCACACAUUGGCGUUCGUGGGCUCCUUCAAAAAGAUCUACUCAUUUGGGCAUGGAGAGCUAGGGCAGCUGGGAAAUGGAGUCAAGAUGGAUCAGUCUGUGCCUCUGCCAGUACAGCUACCACAGGACCACAUUGAUGACCUGCAAAUUGAACAAACCUUUGCUGGAGGAAACCAUUCUUUUGCCUUGUGCAGCUCCGCUAAGGAAUCAGGAAAAGGGUUGAAUGACUCCCGUGUUGAAAAAAUGACUCAAACAUUAGACAAUGACAUCAUUGACAGAUGGAUCUUGCAAUGUGACUCAACAUCAUGGGAGAAAAUACAGAAGGAAAUCACAGAAACAUUCUCUUCUGCAUCAUGUUUAAAUGGGAGCUUCCUGGACAAAAGUUGUGACAAACAUUACCAAACCUCACUGAAGCACUCUGGCCUGGACUUGUCAUCCGCCCGAAUGGCUUUUCAAAAGCUUGCAGAAAAGGACAAAGUUCUGGCUGAGGUUAAAAAUGUCGUCCAUCGCAUACUCCUUCCCUCCCUGAGUAAGGAUCCCAUUGGUGUGGAGGGUCUGAGGGUGUACCUCAUCAUCCCUGAGCUCUUGAGGGUUCUCCUAAAACAACAACGUGGCAUAGACAUUACUGAGGCCUUUGUGGCUACUGUUCUCAGACUGAACCCAGACAAGCUCCAGAUACAUGAGGUCAUCUGUGUGCUCUUGUAUCAACUAAACUCCAGGCUAAUUCCAACAGAGGGCCUAUGGUCGACACUGUCAGAUUCCUUCUUCCGAACCGUGGUGAAAGCAUUCCACUCAUUGUCAGCAGAGUACCUUCAGCAGAUGGCAGUCAAACGAUGUGAUCAUGGAAAAUCAUUAAAGAAGACUUUUGGGCUUCUGCAAAGGCUUUAUGAUGUGAACAGCAAGAGACGCAGAAGAAUCACAGUUGACACUUUCCAUGUCAACAAAAUCAGUUCUCUCUUUCAGUCUAAGCUGAUACUAGACUUAAAUUCAGAACUGACAGAGCUGGUCUGGGAUAUCUCAGGAGAGGAUGACACAUAUUGGAUUGAAAGUGAGAUGAUAUUGAGCAAAAUAAAACGUUAUAAGGAUAACAUAUUCUGCCUCCUGAAGGACUACCCCUGUAUCCUGGACACUGAAGCCAAAUGUACAGUGUGGAUGUAUGCAUUUGAUCAGAUCAAAGAUUGUCAUGAGGACAUCGAAUACGGUUGGCUUAGUGACAAAUCCGUCAAGGUGGACCGGGAAACACUUCUGGAUGAUACCUUUCAGCAACUGCGAAAAAUGACUUGCCACAUGGUGGCUUUAAAGGUGAAGUUUCAAGCAGAGAAUGGUGUGGAUGAAGGUGGUGUUUCACUGGAAUUCUUCAGCCUCCUGGGGAGGGAACUUCUCACAAUGGAACCAAAGACACUGGAGGUUUACGAGUCUGGACUAGCAUGGCUCACAACAGAUGACGGCGGUGUCACUGAUGAAUUCUACUUACUUGGGCUUCUCUGUGGGAAGGCCCUGUUUAAUCAGUGUGUUCUGAACCUCUGCUUCCCUCUGGCUCUCUUCAAGAAGCUUCUGGGUCUGACUACAACAUUGGAUGACCUUAAAGAGCUGUCUCCAACUGAAGCAAGCUGCUUGCAGUAUGUGUUGGAUGAAGAUGAGGAGGUUGUUGAAGCGCUGGAUUUGGUUUUCAUGGACAAAGGCCAAGAACUGACACCAAAUGGAGAGGAGCUCCCAGUUACCAUGGUCAACAGGAAGAAAUAUGUUGACUUGUACGUUGACAUGAAGCUCAACAAGUCGGUGCAGAGUCAGUUUGCAGACUUUGAGAACGGCUUCCACAAAGGCUGCCCUAUACAGACAUGGAGGAUGUUUCUACCUGAGGAGCUGAUGACACUUCUACAAGGAGAUGACAACUACGAGUGGGACAAGUUGAGAGAGAAUGCCAAGUAUCAAGGAUAUAGGCCCACAGAUGACAUCAUCCAGAACUUCUGGAGUGUUUUCACAGAGUUCUCAGAGGAGCAAAAGAAGAAGUUCCUAACUUUUCUGACUGGAACGGACAGACUGCCCAGAGGUCGAAGUCUCUCCAAACUGCAGAUGCAAAUCACGUCCUUGGGCAGCACUGACGCUGAUGAAUAUUACCCGAAAGCACAAACGUGCUCUGUGACAUUAUGCCUCCCUAACUACAGCAGUAUCGACACACUACAGGAGAAACUUCUCCAUGCUAUCACCCACUGUGAUGUGUUUGGAGAUGCUUGAAAUGGGAAGCAUGUUACUAGUAGCCUAGCAGUUUGUUUUUAUCUACGUCUGUCAAUAUUAUGAUUUUAUUUAGUCAAUGAAACACAUUCAGAGCUAACAACUGAACGUAUUCAGACAUUAAGAGCAGUCUUUAUAAAUGUAAACUUUCAUAAACGCUUAAUGUUUUUUCCAGUGAAACCACUGUUAAUAUAAACAUCUACGCCUCCUCCGGACCCCUCGUAGCCUAAUGUGCUGUUGAUUGGCCAAAUAAUUAUGAACUAAAUGAAUGAAAGCCAUUCAUACUUUAAUGAUCAAACAGUGGAGUAAAUUGAGAGCUCUUUAUCUCUUUACAGAUUGGCUGUGGGUAUGAAUUCUUAGGAACCCUCUUUCGGAAAUGUUUGAAUUUUAGCUAACCUUAACCCUUUUUCUAACCUUAACCUAAUUCUCCUAAUCUGCUACAUUAAUUAUCCUAAUUUGCUGUGUAAAUUCUCCUAAUCUCCUACGAAAAGUAAAUUCUGUCAAUUCUGACAUAAACUGUAGGAUAUUCCAUCUUGACAAAAAAAAACUUUUCCUGGUAGCUAAAGGUCCGAAGAUUCUGAGCAUGUGCGUAAUUCUCUACUUUACACACAGUCUCUGCUACAGUUUGGCUGCCCAGAGAACAGGACACUCAGGUGAAUGGUGCUUGUUUAGUAAACUUAGAUCAGAGCUGAAUCAAUGUAUGCAAGAUCACAUAUGAUAGUAUUCUACGUAACAGAAUCAAAUAUAAUAGCAUACAGGCUGUAGCUUCAUAAGAGGACAAAUGAAAAUAAGAUCAGCUUUAAUAUUGCAGAUAGAUUGUGACUUCUAUCAAUGUAGUUGUCUGCAUCAUUUCCAA